GUCAACUGUUGCGCUAUUUCAUUUCAUUGUGGACCAAAAAGAUCCGGUGUUUUCACUUUCAGCCGAUCCAUCGCUAGGGUUUCGGCUUCAUCAGCUCAUUAUUGUUCCGAACAAUUGUCGACGGAUUGGAUAAAGAAGAUCCAGAGGAAUUCAAUUUUCUUAGGGAUUUGCUUUCUGAUUCAUUAUCCUUUUAGGAGUCUUCUUUUUCCUGUUGGGCGGUUUUGGGAAAGAUUACGAUUACUGGGCUUUCUUGUUAUCCUGGUCUGAGCAUUGAGCAAGUUAAGACUGGGGUUUGAGGAAGUUUUUUUUUUUUAAGGCUUUAAGUUGGGGGAUAAGUCAUUGCUUCUCAAAUAUCUGCUCUGUAGUUCACCUUUUUUUCUUGUUCUUCCUGCUUUUGGACCCCUUUGUGCUUGAAUAACUCAAGGGGUGUUGAUUUGAGCUUCAAUUUGAGACUUCUGGUUGAUUGGUUGAAGAUUUGAGAGUGUUUGAAGCCGUGUAUAAUGUUUGGCAAGAGAGUGGUUGAUUGAGGUUUGAAUUUAUAUUCUAGAUUUGUAGAUUUGUCACGCCGAGGAAAUCUGCUGGAGUUUGAUCGAUCCAGAGUUUUGGAUUAUGAGUAUUUGAUUGUGCUCGUGGUUGAGUUUUAAGCCUUUUUAUUUUCUGGUUAUGGAUUACUCGAAGAACAAACAGAAUGAGCACUUGGGCGUGAACAAAAUGGGGAAGAAUAUAAAGAAAAGUCCACUGCACCAACCUAAUUUUGGUAGCAUUCCUUCUACACAACAGCCCCAUCCUCAGCCUCAGCCUCAGCCUCAGCCUCAGCCUCAGGUUUACAACAUCAACAAGAAUGAUUUUCGGAAUAUUGUUCAGCAGCUGACUGGUUCUUCCCAAGAGCCGUCUAGACCACCUCAAAAUCCAGCCAAACAACAAAGCUUGAGACUGCAAAGGAUACGACCUCCCCCAUUAACACCUAUCAAUCGGCCCCAUGUUCCACCUCCAGUACCCGUUUCCAUGACCCCGCCACAGAUUCCUUAUUACAAUGGCUUGAUCAGGCCUGCACAACCACAAUGUGAUCAGUCAUCAACAAUGCUUCAGGGGCAGCCAGCAUCCACACAACAAGCGCCUCAAUUGAUACCUGGAGACUCAAUUUGGCCAAAGACUGCUGAGUCUCCAAUAUCUGCCUACAUGCGUUAUCUUCAAAGUUCAGCUAUAGAUUCCCCUUCGAUAGGAAACCAGGCUCCACAAGCACAAGUUUCAGGUCAAGUUCAAAACCAAGUGGCUGCCUCUGGUUUACCGCCCAGGCCCGACCCACCCAUUCCUGCCACUCAUCCUAGUACAAGUUGUCCUGUGCCAUCUCUUCCUAAUUUUCCUCCCACCCAAGCAAACAGUCCUUCAUUUUUUCCCUCUCCUACACAGUUUCAUGUGCCCUCUCCUUCUGGUUACUUAAAUUUGUUAUCACCACAGUCACCUUAUCCAUUGCUUUCACCUGGAAUGCGGUUUCCUCCACCACUGAGUCCUAAUUUUGCAUUUUCACCCAUGGCCCAACCAGGGAUUUUAGGUCCUGGGCCUCAUCCUCCGCUUUCUCCUGGCCUUGUAUUCCCAUGGUCUCCAUCAGGAUUAUUCCCCCUACUGAGUCCAAGAUGGAGAGAUUGGCAGUCCUAGUUUUCAGUGUAUUAUAUUUUAAAGUGCCAAGCUUACCUUACCACUUCCUCACAGGAGAUUGUAACAUAUAGAGGUGGUGGAAAAGGUCAUUUUGGUUGUUUGCACUGUCUGUUGCUUAUUUUACAUUCUUUGUUUUGCUUUUGUCUACACCCCAUUUUGCAGCUUGAUCAGCUUAUGGAUCCUGUUUCAGCUACUUUACCCUCCUUUUGGAGGAAGAGAAAGAAAAAAGAAAGCAUCAAGUAAAGAGGUUUUCAUUAAGCAAUGAUCAAUAGUUCAGGCCAUUGGGCUUCAUAUUGAAUGGAAAAGAGCUGUAGCACGAAAGUUAAUCACAGAAUGUCAAAUAUCAAGAUACGUUAUAGUUGAAGAUUUCUUAUCAUGUUGUAGUUGUGGAUUAUUAUGUAGGAAGUUUGGUUUCCUUUCAUUUAAUUCAUUGAACUCAUUUGUUGAAGGAACUGUGAAGUGGAGAAAUCAGAUAUAUACUGCAUGUUGUUCUGUUCAAGGAAGUACAUAGUUUGAUCUACGAACUCUUUGCUGAGGAAGGUCGUUCCUUCUUACUGUUUAAUACGAGUAUGGAUAAUAUUUAUAUUGA